UAGGGAACGACUACCACUGAUUUUUUUAAAUUUCCCCAUACUUGCAGUUUUCUUACAAUGCUUAAAACUCCAUGAUAUAUAUUACUUUUCAGAGCCGCAGUGGAAAACUCUAUUUGGGUUUAUUAAGCAAACAUGUUCUUUGCGCCCUGAGACCUUUGUUCAAAGUCAUUCCUCCCAUCAUGUUCCUAACCAUCAAGAUGGUUUGAUUUUGUGGCUUCUAAGCGGGCUUUUGCAAGUGUUAUUGAAAUCUGAAUGUAGGGAAGUCUGCUGUGGUGCCAAAGAAUGCAUUUUAAUUAUCUUGCAGCUUGUUCAAUGUCGUAACCAUUCCUUGCUCUGUUACAUCUUGAGAGAAAUCAGUGAAAUUUCUUCAGUGUUAGUGAGACUUCUGAAGUACCACAGAGAAAGAUCUUUGGAACUGAAAGUGUAUAUUUUAUGCUUCAGAGAUAUCACUGUUACUACUCAGGAUGAUGAAAUUAAGGGUGCUAAUGAGUAUCCUCACCCUCCUUUGGAAGUACAAUCUUUGAACCAUGUCACUGUUCUUCUAGAAGGAAUAUUGGAAUUGAUUGAUAAUUUUCCAGACGACGCUGUGCAGUUUUCUGGUCCAAAACCACUUCUGUGGUUACAGGUGUUGAGCCGCAGUCUGGAAUAUGGCUUACAGGGUAUAAGGCAGAUCAGCAUGAAGUUGCUGCUUCGAUCGAUCGAGAAGGAGAUUUACAUCAAACGGGAUACUUUUGAUCGUAUCAAUUGGUUCAUGCUCUCACUCCUAGGCUAUGCCUCUGAUGCGAGGAACAUUACAGCCGAGUUAGAGAUCUGUUUAACGACAUUCCUGAAGUCUACCUAUUUAUCUGAAAGGAGUGUUGUGGUUUUCCGUUUCUGGAAAGCUACUGUUAACUCUUUAACUUACUUCAUUAUGAAAGGUGCAUUUUGUCGCUGCACUCCAUUAUUGCAGGACUGUGUCGGUGAAGUUUUAGUAAAGGCAUGCGGCUUAAAUUUUACAAAAGGACACCUACUUGGAAAAUGUCUUCUCUAUCCUGUUGGGUUCUGUAACCAUCUGCAGCCUCUUGUUGAGCCCUUGUGUUGUUUGAUAAGAGAAGAAAUCAAUAAUUCAAAGGUUUCCAUUGCUUCUACGAAGGAUGUUGGUUACCGUGGUGGUGAAAAAAGAAGGACCAGAUUUCAAAAGAUACCUAAAAGAGAGAAAGUGCGUGUUAGAGAUCAACGAUUCUACUCUUCGCACUCUUCUCUUGCAUAAGAGUGUGUUCUGUCAUGAAAGUAUUAUGAAGAUCUUUCAAAGUGAAUGUGUGCAACUAGACAUGUUGUUAAUGAACCUUGAAGGUAUUCGGUAUAUUAUAGAAGUCCUUGCUAGAUUGUUUGCAACUGGUCACACUAUUGUCAGUGAAAAGUUGCUACAGGCUGGGCGGCUCUGUACGUUGUGGGAAUCUGCCAUCUAUCACGCAUGUAAAAGUAAUGAACAUGGAUAUCUCUAUAAUGUACUGUCAUUAAUCCUUAAGUCCAUUGGCUCCCUGUUGAUCAUAUCAGGCUUCUGCAAAUUUUCAUCGGUAGUUCUUAACCAGUGCUGGUCGCUGUUGGAAUUGCCUUGGAAAACAGUAAGUGAUAAAUCUGCUGCUGGCAGAAAUAUUUCAGGUAUGGGGAGGCAAGAUAAAGAUAUAAUAAAAUCUCUUGGAGUUCUGAAUGAGACAGAACUUGAGUCUGUCAAGGCAUGUAGUCUAGUAGCAUGUGUGGCAAUGCCUCCAAGCUCUCAAGCUAAUGCUCGAAGGAUUUGCUUCUUCAAGAACGCAUUGGCAAAGAGGAGUGACAAAAGUGUUAUGCAAGAGGUGCUGACGUAUCUCCCUUGCAUAUUAGCCACUGUACCAAGGUGUCAUGUUGGUGCUUUGGUUGGCAUUGUAAAAGACAGAGUGAAAAACCAGGAACUUCAGAUGUUAUUUGUGAAGCAGCUUGUUCCCACUAUACUUGCAAUUUCUUCAAAGCCUCCACAACGUGUGUACAAUACCAAGCAGUGGAACGUUCCUCUGCCGUAUACAUCUGUGGUUGCUCUUCCAUCGUGCAGAGAUUGUACUGUUCGUGUAGACAAUGUAAUCGUUUCUGAUGCAUUGAACGUUUCUAUAGAUUUUGACCAAGAACAAGUUGUAAAAGUCAUGCUCCAGAGUUUCUCUGCUAUGGCAGUGUUUCUUGAUGAUGCUUCAACAAUAUGCUACAAAUGUCUACCACUGUUACUCCAUCAAAAUCCUAUUGUUCUCAAUGCAGUGAGGAAAAACAUUAAACUUCUUAUACCCUGUGAACAGGACCGUGUUGUAACGAAUCUUUUUGAAGCAUUUAGGACUGGCACCAAAGAGAGGAAUCAAAGUAUUCAAGAUUUUGCAGUAUCAGCAAUGGGGGAGAUUGCAAUACUUAAACAAAGUGAAGGUGUCAAUGACUAUGUAAUUUCACUGCUGAGAUUUGCCCUGCGAUCAUCUCAUCAUGUUGGUGCAAUUGUUCAUGUGCAGAUGCAAAGGAUUGCCAAUGCUCAAAAAGUAUCCAUCAGCAAGCUUUUGUCACAUUACAAGGAAUUAAUCUGCAAUUUUGUUGUCCUGGAGAUGCUGAAUGAGAGAAGGAAAUUUGCUUCUGAUGACCACAAGUACAUGAUUUUGCAACAGGUUUCAUCUGUGUUUGGGAAGAAUAAUGUGAAAGAAUUUUUGGAGGUCGUCAAAGAUGCUCUAAUUCCAGCUCUUGUGUGUCAUGGUACACGUCAGUCUUCCGGUGUGUUACAGUUCGUUGCUCAGAAGUAUGGUAUGACAAUGAGAACUCUCUUGGUGGAUAACUUCAAGUUUAUAUUUCUGCAUCUUGUAAAAAAUGGCCAGCAGGAAGAUCUUCAAAACGUGUCAGAGUAUCUUAAGUCUGCUGGUGGUUUUGACAUGACAGCUGUUCUACACAGUGAGGCACUCAAUGUAUUGAACUUACUACUUCUGCAUCUGAGUACACAUCGAAAACGAGUGUUAGCUGGUGUUAAGAUUGUAGCUGGAAUCAAGCGGAGUGUGACAGUUGAGACUGAGGAGGACAUUGCCAACUACCUGCAUCCUCGUCUCCAUGGAGUAAUUGCUUACUUCAAUUUUGUCUUGUUGCGCGUUGAUGGCAGUGACGGAAUCUUGAAAGGAAAACUGGCAAUUAACAGUCUAGUGGAGGUUAUGAAACUGAUGGGUCGGAAGUAUAUCACUUUAGUGAAAAUGAAAGUGAUUGGAAUGCUGAGACAUUGCCUGAGUUUUAAAGAUGAUGCUGUUGUAGAAUGUACUCUUUCGGCAUGGAAAUGCUUUAUGGAGAGUGUCGAGACAGAAUCUUUAGGGCCAUUGCUUGGGCAAAUAGUUGUUGCUCUUUGCCCUUUUGUUGAAAAGUAUACUGAGCAAGUCAGUGCUAUGUUCGAGUUCUUCAUUAUUGAAAACAGAGAUGCCCUACUGCCAUACUUCAAUGAUAUCUAUUUGGUACCUGAGCAUCCUGCACUAAAGAAUGUUAGUGAUGUGCUCUGUGCGUCCAAUAGAGUGAAGAAAAGCUUGCAAGAAAGAGUUCGUCAUAUAUUAAAAGGUGUACGUCAUGAACGCUCUGAUGUACGAAGAGAUGCCUUGAAGGCAUUGUACAAGUUGCAGAUAGAGUGUAGAAAUGAACUGGAGCAGUGUAUGGUGGGCAGUGAAACCAUUGACCCUGUCAUCACUAAGAUCAUCACAACACUUUUAAGCAGUCUUAGAGGAGCUGUUGAUACUGAGCUUAGAGGACUCUAUGGUAAAUGUCUUGGAGAGCUGGGAGCCAUUGAUCCUGGAAAGCUUGAGAUUCCGUCUCUAUCUACAGUAAGAGUUGUUAUGUUUGCUGAAAUUGACCAGGGUUUUGCACGAGAUCUGUUGCAAGAACUAGCGAGAGCCUAUUCAGCAUCAUCAAAUACAAGAACACAAGACUGUUGUGCAUUUGCUAUUCAAGAAGUUUUACGAGCAUGUGAAAGCAACAAUAUCGAUUCCCUAAGUGAUGGUACUAAAUUCUGGUCUUCUCUACCUGCCGAUUGCCAGGAAGUGUUGCAACCGCACCUUGACUCUAAUUACACAGCCAGCAUUCAAGAACCAGUGAAAUACACCACACCUAUUUUCAAAACAAUUAAACUGAAGAACUUUUCUGAGUGGAUUAAGAAGUGGUGCAUUUGGCUCAUUCACAAGCUUAAACAAGGCCUCCCAAAACAGAUAUUUCUACCAUGCACCCUAGUUUUUCAGCACAGCACGUCGCCUGUGGUUUAUAUGCUACCAUAUGUCCUCAUGUGUGUACUUCGUUGUGUCAACCAUGGAAUAAUCAAGCAGGUUCAAAAAGAGGUCAUGGCAGUUUUGGAUAAUAUGGCACAUACGAAAGAGAUAUUGCCUGAAGAUAUGUACUCAAACUCAAUGUGUGCUCAGACAAUAUUUCGUGCCAUUGAUUUCCUAACGGCAUGGGUUGUGGAGAAAAGCAAAGCCAAAAGAAAAGGUGGACCACAUAAGGAAAAUGAAGACAUUCAACAGGUGAAGGACUUCAUAAAUGAGAUCCCAAAGGAUAUCCUUGGACUUGCUGCCUUCAAAUGUCAGGCCUAUACUCGAGCUCUGAUGUACAUUGAAAUGUUUCUGAGUGCUAACCAGUCAGUUUUAGAGGAGCACCUAGGAUUUCUUCAGAAGGUGUAUGUAGCACUCGAUGAACCAGAUGGAGUAGCAGGAGUUGUUGCAGUGAGAAACUCAGAACCAACAAUGCAAGAGGAGAUUAUUGAGUUUGAGAGUACAGGCAACUAUCGUGGUGCUGCUGCACUGUAUGAGCAGAUAAUCCAAGAAAAUCCGGACUCCAUAUCAUACCAUGAGGGUCUUAUGAGAUGUUUGAUGAGACAAGGGAAUGUUACAUUUGCAGUAAUGCAUGUGGAUGGAUUGCGGGAAAGAAAACCUCAGUGGGUUCACCGUCUUAAUGCUUUUCGAGUUGAAGCUGCAUGGAAACUAGGCCAAUGGGGAGACCUGGAGCAGUAUCUUAAAGCUGGUUCAGUAUCCAGUAAGAAUUGGGAUGUCAAUGUUGGAUACCUUCUCCUUGCAGCCAAACAGAAGAACCUCUCCGGCUUCAUGCAACGGUUAAGUAAAGUCCGAGCUGAACAGAUGGGUCCACUUUCAACUGCAAGUUAUGAGCAAGGUUCAUACCAGAGAGGCUAUGAAUAUAUUGUCAGAUUACACAUGUUACAGGAGCUCGAGGAGUAUGUCAUUCCAUUGAUAAGUAGCCGUAAAAAACCUUCCAGACACAGCAUUGAACGUUGGAGGGCAAGACUUUCUCUAACUCAGGAAUCGUUUCGUAUUCGAGAGCCCAUACUAAGUUUAAGGAGAGUGAUGCUUGGUUUGGAGCCAAACAAGCACAAUACUGAAAUAGGACAGUACUGGCUUGGUAGCACUCAAAUUGCACGAAGUGCUGGACAUAUUCAAACAUCAGAGAGUUUUCUACUGAAAGUGCGGGAAUAUGCCCUACUUGAAUUCAAUACUGAAAAAGCUAAGCACUUGAGGAGUGAGGGUGCUAGCCAUUCAGCGUUGCUGUAUCUGCAAAAAUUUGUAAGAAAACAAUGGCCAGAGAACAGAACCAUUUUGGAAGAAAAAGAGAAGUUUAUACAUGCACAGGCUCUCCUUUUAAUUGGUCAAUGGAUGGAAGAAACAGCACACUAUGACACUCAAACUGUUUUAAAGCAAUACAAGAGUGUAAUUGAUGUUCAGCCAAAAUCAGAAGAAGGUCAUUUCUAUCUUGGAAAAUAUUAUGACCGACUAAUGGGAUUUAUGGCAAAGGAUCGUCCUGCAAAUGACUUCUUACCGUUUAUUAUCCGACACUAUGGACAUACUCUCGAGUACGGUUGCAAGUACCUCUAUCAGUGCAUGCCACGACUUCUAACAUUAUGGCUUGAUUUUGGAUGCAAAGUACCUGACAGUGGUAAAAAAAGUCAGGAGAGGUCUGGUGCAAAAACAGUUCAGCAAUUGAAUGAUAUUAUUCAAACCAUGUCAGAGCGGCUACCUGCAUACCAGUACCUGAUUGCUUUCUCCCAGCUUAUAUCACGAAUAUGUCAUCCUAACCGCAAUGUCUUUUCUAUGCUUGAAGCUAUAAUUCUGAAGCUAAUUGAGCACUAUCCUCAACAGUGCCUAUGGAUGAUGGUAGCUGUAAACAAGAGUACCCACCAUGAUCGACAGGAACGGUGUAGGACAAUACUUGAUAAAGCAAAGCAACAAAUUACUGGAAUGGAUAAACUAAUCACUGAUAUGGUGAGAUUAACGGACAAACUGUUGGAAGUUUGCAACAAGCCUGCUGAGUCAGGCAAAACCUAUUCAAUGGAUAAAAUAUGUCGUGGUCUUACUCGUCUUACCACAGCUGAGGACUUUAGCUGCAUCAUGGUCCCACUGCAGUCCUCGAUGACUGUCACUCUACCAGCAGGCAUUAGUGACAGUACCAAACACAAUGCAUUUCCAGGCUUCCAGCCGACGAUUGAACGAUUUGAUGAAAAGGUGGAAGUUCUACCAUCACUGCAGAAACCUAAGAAAAUCACUGCAUGUGGUAGCGAUGGCAAGGCAUAUGUUUUACUCUGCAAGCCAAAAGACGAUCUGAGAAAAGAUGCUCGGUUGAUGGAGUUUAACUCUGUGAUAAACAAGUGCCUAAGAAAACAUCCUGAAUGUCGGCAGCGCAGACUACAUAUCCGAACUUACGCUGUUAUUCCACUAAAUGAAGAAUGUGGGCUCCUUGAAUGGGUCCCAAACACUCAUGGCCUUCGCAAUAUACUCAUAAAACUCUAUCAGGAAAGGCAAGUCUGUAUGUCUGGUAGAGAAUUGCGUGAUGCUGUAAAACCAGCUGGCAGAGAUGCAGGAAAGCUGAAGGACAUUUUUUUAACAAAAUUACUUCCUAGACAUCCACCUGUUUUUGGGGAAUGGUUUUUGCGAACAUUUCCUGACCCUACAGCAUGGUACUCAAGUCGCCUUUCAUACGCCCACACUGCUGCAGUAAUGUCAAUGGUUGGCUAUGUUCUUGGUCUUGGAGACAGACAUGGCGAAAACAUCUUGUUCGAUUCAAAGAGUGGAGAUUGCGUACAUGUUGACUUCAAUUGCCUAUUCAAUAGGGGGGAAACGUUGGACGUUGCAGAAGUUGUUCCUUUUCGACUUACUCACAACAUGAUACAUGCGCUUGGUGCUACUGGGUAUGAAGGAGCAUUUCGUAAAUCGUGUGAAAUUACAAUGAGCCUAAUGCGCACUGAGUGUGACACAUUGCUGUGUGUGCUGAAAACCUUUAUUCAUGACCCUUUGGUGGAGUGGGAGAAAGUCAAGGGGCAACCAACAAGUCAAGAUGCUACCAAUGAAAAGGCUAUAAAGAUAAUUCAUGACAUAGAAGACAGGUUGCAAGGAAAAUACCCCAAGUCAAAAGGUCUCCCACUUUCCAUUGAAGGACAAGUUGAUGGGCUUAUAAAGGAUGCAACAAGUAUUGACAAUCUGAGCAAGAUGUACAUAGGUUGGGCUGCAUUUAUGUAACGUAUUUUUAACACAUAACCCUCAAUGUUUAUACCUCAUCAAGUCACCACCAUUGUUAUCAUCAUUAACCCUCGGCGCGCAUGCGCAGCGAGGGUUACAGUAGUCGUUCUGUCAUUCUGUCUGUCUGCUCUGUCUGUCCG